ACUCAGCUGCAGAUCGAGUUACGCAUUGGUUGUUGCGCACACGUCUUGUUGUCGCGGUACAGUCGUCCAGCAGUUUUAAAUGUUACGUACGUGGCUUUUCUUCAUGUCAGCCCUCGCGUGGAGCAGGGAUGCUGAAGCGCGGGCGAUUGGUGGGAGCCCAACUGUUGAGUUCGGAAAUUCCACCAUCUUACCCUGCAAACUACCACAGCUACAGAAUACAGAGAACCUCGAACAAAUUUCAUGGCAGAGAAAGACAAAAGGAAAGCCCCAGACAGACAAUUUCUUGACAAUCAAAUCCACUGGGGUUCAUUUUGUCAAUGGGAAUGAUCAGAGAUUUGAAUUUAUUGGGAGAUUUGCUGACCUAAAUGGAAGUCUCCAGUUAUUUAAUGUAAACCUAGACGAUGAGGGGAGCUACACGUGCAUCUUCUCCGUGUUCCCAACUGGAAGUAUCAAGGCCGAAAUAACUCUAAAAGUCAUUGUUUUGCCAUCCAUAAGCGUGAGGGAUGACAAGCCUACUCUGGGAGAUAAAGAUGUUCCUCUUGCAACCUGCGAGGCUGCUGUCGCCAAGCCGGCCCCAAAUGUGGAGUGGAGCACCAAUACUCUGAAAGAGAACGUGACCCAGCUCACCAAGCUGACUCCAAAUCCCAAUGGAACGUUCACCCGAGUGACCACGUUGUAUGGAAGACCUACCAAAGAAAUCUACGGCAGUUCGGUCGAGUGCGUCGUUAGCAGCGAUGCUCUGGUGGAAAAAAUAGAUUUCAAAAUACAGGUCUACUUUCAACCCGAGGAAGUGAGGAUCGAGAAAACGGAUGAGAACUCUUUUGACUGUUUGACUGAAGCUAACCCGCAAGCCACCUUUACAUGGAACAGAAAUGGACAGCCUUUACCUCCAUCUGUCAGUGCACGGGGUGCAUUGCUGCAGUUUACAAGCAUGACAGCUGAUUUAAGUGGCCUCUAUCAGUGUGAAGCAACUAAUGAGCAUGGCAGCAAGACAAAUUCCCUUUAUGUGCAUGUCACAGCAGUUGGGGGAAACGUUUGCUGGAUCUUGUUUGGGCUUCUUCUUUCCCUUACUCUCAUCGUUGCUGCUUAUUUGUGCUUUAAAAAGUCUGAGACAUUAUCAAGGUUUCCAUUCUUUAGCCAACGAAGGGAGCAGCAGGUUCCAACACAUUCACUAGAAGGCGAUUCACCUGAAGAACAGUUACCACAUACUCAAGACACAUCAAACUAAACCUCAGUUGAAGCAACAAGACCAAGCAACAAACGGGCUGCAGGAAUACAAAGCCGUCUCCAUUACUCUUGACCUGUCAGUCUAUGCAGUGGCUUAGUGUGCAGUUUGUGUUGUGUACACACACCUUGGUGUAUUUGGCAGAGUGAUCAUUCAAAAAUGGAUGUCAAAGGUAAAGUCAGAAACCCAUGUGCUCUUCACACAUCUUUCAUCACAUUGAUGCAAAAAUGGUUAAGUUUUACUGUAAUUCUCCUGAAGAAGCUGAGAAAGCAUUGUUUUACAUCACCGUGGGAUUGUACGCUUAAUCAGCUGAUUUUCACAUCUACUGACGGAGAAGGCAAAUGCAAGACUUGUUGAAUCUGUUUUGACCAAUAUUUGCUUCAACGUACAUCAGCUUCGGUUGCCCAACAACAGGAGAAAAUGGCACAGUUUUAAUUUAUUUGGUUUAUGAAGAAUGGCGUUUAUUUUUAUUCAUUUGUUCGAUGAAGAAUUCAUUGUCCUUUUACCCGUCAGCUACAACUUACACAUUUUCAAUUGUUCUAACAGGUUGUGUAGGUCCUGGUGAGCGUAGCAGGGCGGUUCAUCCUGAAUCAUCUUAUCAUCGUUUUGGAGAGGCAGCAGCUCUACCAGUUGCGCCACCGUGCUGCCUCAAUUUCCUCUAUUUUAAGAAAUAAGAAGAAACUUCAUACACAAUGGAAACAGUCACGCUAAUUAAAAUAGUCCAAAUGCUUGGGAUACUAUAAAAGUAUAACAAAGGCAACGUGGCAACGCAAGUGGUUAGAGCUGUCGCCUCUCAGUGAAAAGGUUGUAGGAUUGUCUUCUUGCCAGGAGCUUUUCUGUGUGGAGUUUUCUCCAGGCACUCCGGUUUCCUCCCACAGACUAAAAAUAUGCAUGUUAAACUAAGAAGUAAGUGGUAGUGUGAGUAGCUGUUUGUCUCUGUGGCCCUGUGGUAAACUGGAGAACUGUCCAGUAUACACCCUGCCUCUGAUUGCUGGACCAGCUGCUGCAAAAACAUGUUUCUUUAUUCUAAGAGAAAAACAUAAAACAAGGAGAUUCUAGCUAUAUUUAAGUAAAUUUAUUUGACAUUGGAGAAAUUUAAAUUCAUGUAUGCAUGGAUCUUUCUGUUCAGAAAACCCACAGCUCAAGCGAAUAACUUCCCAGAAAGAGUGGCUAGCUUUAUCUUUACACAAAGACAUAUAUGAAAAUGUGCAAUUAUCUGAUUGGUCUAAGAUGGAAAGUUUCAGGUUUUAGUCCCGCCCUUUCUUCGAUGGUGCUCAACAUUGGGCCAAGUCUUUUGGCACUGCAUGUCCUCAUCAGGAGUGGGCAGCACCCGCUCUUACUCUGUCUCCACUGGAUUUAACUAUUAUUAAUACAGGUUAAUCCCAUUGAGCCUCAGGGACUCAUUUACAAGAGAGACCUGAUUUUAA